AUGGCUAUCACCCAGCACUCCAUCGGAAAAUGGCGUGAACAUAUCGCAACAGAUCCUUUGGAAGCACACCAGCACUCCUCCCUAGCAGACUCAGCAACAGCAGCCUCACUAGAGCCAUCAUUCUGUACAGGAACAGGCGACAGCCUACUGAGCAAUUACAUUCUGCCUGAUCUUGAAACUGCAGAUCAGGAAGUCAUCUUCGUCACCUGUUUUUGGGCGGCCAAGUCGAAAUCCCGCCAGCACUUCUUCAAAACGCUCCAAAGACUAUCUGCAAAGGUCAUUCGGAAAAGACGAGCUUCGACAAAUCCCAUUACGACUCCAGUCGAAAACAUCAAAGUCUAUCUUUGCUUUUCAUCCGUCUCCAUACUGCAAAAGUUAAAACAUACCAAGUCUGAAAACGGAUACAUCUACGAACCGUCAGAAUGGAAUCAGAAACUCGGGCUGCCGAAACCAUCACAGAUCCCGGGUGUGGAUCUAACGGUGAAAUCUAUAUUUAUCCGGCCAUUCUCCGUCAUGCAUCCCAAAUUCGCUAUCGUCGAUCGUAAGUUCGUUUGGGUGCCCAGUUGCAAUGUAAGCUGGGAGUCAUGGUUUGAAGGUGCCUUUCGACUGAGAGGCAGCAUUGUGGAAAAGUUCUAUACCUGGUGGGCACAGGUCUGGGCUCCAGUAAUUACCCCAGAGUCUCCACAGACAAUUGGGCUUCAGGACACCGCCGAUCGGGCUACCACGAGUGGAAUUCUCCCUCCCAUGAUCCUGCCGCGGCAAGAAAGUCCAUUACGACUAAUAAAAUCAUUUCCGAACAUCUCUUCAAGUCAAGAUGUCACUACGCUUUUCCUACCGUCAUCACACCAUCAGGAUCCGCAAUUUCGCCCAUGCCCUUUCCAGUGUGCAGUGCCUGAGCCACGGACACCUCUAAAUGCAUUCACCAGCUUUCUAUUCGCGAGUGCGAAGAAGGAGAUAUACAUAAUCACGCCGAAUAUUACAGCACGUCCGGUGGUUAAUGGGCUACUGAAAGCUCUGGAACGAGGCGUUGAUGUCACUAUCGUUACGAACACCAAUCUAAUGGUACUGGAACAACUUGUCACGGCCGGGACGACUACAAAGCGUUGCAUGAAGGACCUGAUUAGGCAACACAAGAAGUUGCUUAAGUCAGGUGCGCGAGAUGAAGAAGAGGGUGGCCAGGAGACAAACACAAGAGGGGAGUUAAGGAUUAGGUAUUGGGAAGCGCGGAAUAUGGGGCGGGAUGUAAAUGGGGAAAGUGCAUUUCGACGAACGCAUUUGAAGCUGACGAUUGUUGAUAGGGCGGUGGUUAUUUUUGGCAGCGGGAAUAUGGAUCGGGCCAGCUGGUAUACGAGUCAGGAGGUUGGUGUUGCGAUGUACUCGACUGAUGUAGCCAAGAAGAUUCUGGAUGGUGAUGGACCUCUAACGGAUGUUGAGAGGUGUACGAGAUAUUGUUAUCAAUCUUUCGAAGCGGGAGAGAGAGAUCCGGGGGCUGUCUGA